UUCCAUCUAGGCUGCUUAAAAAAAAAAAUAAUUUUUCCUUUGCAUGUGUCCUUUAAUACUUUGAUAGACUUAAAGUUACUUUGCAACGCCAGAAAAACAAGAAAAUACACGUUUCUUAAAAAAAUGUUUUUCUUUUUUUAUCUAUGGCUAUUGACGUGCGAAAUACCGAAGUCAAAAGCAGAGAUUUGGGAUUACUUCAUAAAAGAUGCGACAAGCGGAUAUGCUAAGUGCACUUUGUACAAAAAGGAAUACAAGACAAGUGGAAACACUUCAAAUUUAAGAGACCAUAUGAAACGAAACCAUGCCGGAUCAUCGUUGCACCAGGAUCGGGAAAAGCGAGAGCCCGAGGAAGUUGGAGACUCGCGAAUGGCUGUGGCUGGCCCCUCAAGGCCGAAGCGAAGCCAGUUACAUUCAUUUGUAGCUGAUGUUAGAGGUGGGGUUUAGGCCGCACGUCCAUUCCCUGAAGUGAAGAACCCAGGGGUCCAGUGGAGGUGGGAGAAUUGGUAACGUAACGAACGGUUUAAUUACAUGGUUGCGAUACAGUCGUCAAACCCGAGAGAACAACGGAGCAGCCUCACGCCCCGCCUUAUAUAGGGUCCGUUUCUCCCUCACUCGUUUCUCCCUCUCCCGCCGUCAAGUACGUCCUAGCAAAGUCCGCCGCGUCGUAGCCAGAAGUGCGUCGUAGCCAAAGUUCUCCGCAGUUAGGCCCUGCCUCUCUCCCUUCCAAGUGUGAUGUAGCCAAAGUUCUCCGCAGUUAGGUCAUGCCUCUCUCCCUUUCCUGAGCGCAACAACCCCCACGCACACACACACGCGUCCCGUUGACGUCACGGAUGCGUUGAGACUUGUUUCCGCAGGCCCCGACAAGCAGGCGACGGUCCCGGACACGACGGGACUCAUUUCGUGAUGGUCCCGACAAGCGGACAACGGUACCGGACUCGUCUUGACUCGUUUCUGCAGCGUUGAAACUUGGAAGAAGGUCGCCGAAAGUUCCGUUCUUAACACUGAGAAAGCCAUGCAGUACGGGGACCAGACUGAAAAGAAAAAUAAACUUGACAAGGAAUUGGCCCUGAUGAUAGCUAAAGACAUGCAACCAUUUUCUAUAGUCACCGACUAGGGAUUUCAAGGCUUCUGUCAUGCGCUAGACCCCAGGUACAAGUUGCCAAGCCGAAAGCCGACUUCAAGCGUUCUUUUACCUAAUUUGUAUGACGAAGCCAAAACAAGGUUGUGAGACCUGCUGACAGACAUGUGGACAUCAUGCACGACUGACAGCUACGUCACUGUCACCUGCCAUUUUGUGCAAGAAACAGUUCUGCGGUCUGCAGUGUUAUCAACUGCGGUUUUUCACGGAGCUCACACUGCUGAAAACGUGGCCCAGGCCAUCACAGGUGUGGCAGAAGAGUGGGGUAUUCGAGAGGCGAUCGUUGCGCUUGUCACAGACAACGACAAGAGGAUGAUUCUCGCGUCCCGGCUGCUCAACAUCGAGCACCUACCGUGCUUCGCUCACACGUUGAACUUAACCAUCCAGGAUGGACUAAAGAGCGGUGAUGAACUGAACGACGUUUUGUUGAAAUGCAAGAACAUUGUGCGUCAUGUGAGGUCGAGUUCCAUAACUACCACCAAACUCCAAGAAGAACAAGAGCGCUCUGGUAAAGUACCGGCGUUGAAACUCACGCAAGAAACUGAGACGCGAUGGAACAGUGUUUUAUACAUGCUGAAGAGGAUCCUAGAAGUUGGGGAGGCGCUAACGUUUACGUUGACGAAGCUACCCCAGGCGCCAAGUCCUUUGUCAGAAGAUAUCAUGCUCAUCGAAGACGUUGUCCAGAUUCUGGACCCUUUUGAGGAAGCCACAAAAUUGCUGUCUGGAGAUCAGUACACCACCGUAUCUCUAAUCGUUCCUGCUGUCUGCGGCAUCGCAACAGAGUUGAAUAAGCGCAUUGAGCCUGCACUGAAAACCGCUGUGGCCAAAGAAGUGCUUCGAGACUGCGUUUCUGCUUUGCAUAGAAGAAUGUAUGCUUACGAGAAAAAACGAAUGGCAAUCGAGCAUAUAGCAUCAUGACGGGUCGUGCCCAAAUAAAUAAAAAAGCAAAAAAAAAAAAAAAACUAAAAAGGUACGCGGCGGCAUUUUUCUUUUGAUGGCACCCUGGGCGACCGCCCAGGUUCCCCACCUCUAGGGCCAGUCCUGGUCGCCUCCACAAACAUCACAUUCAAGCCCAAUGAUGC